AUGAAUCGCCGCCCUAAGAACAAGAACAAAGUCAAGCUGAAGGGAGUCGAAGGCUCAAAAGCAAACUCUGUAACCACUGUCGCGGUACAGAUGGGUGUGAAUCGCUCGUCUAUAUACCGCUGGAGAAAGCAAAAGCCAAAACUAGAAGGUCCUAGAGAUAUGUCCGAUGUCUUCGCAACGUACCUACACGCACUGCCAGAAGCUGCUGUUGUCGAUGAUGCUUCGGACGUCCAAGAUGAAAGCUUUGAUGAAUGA